AUGAGCUCUAUUGCCCAGCCCGAAUUGGCUAUGAUAAGAAGCAGCACUGUCUCGCUCCCUAGCCAUGAGUGGCCUCAGCAUGAUGAGCGGCAUUACCAAGAUCGGUAUCCUCAAAAGCUAAAGAUUCACCUUCUAGAGUCUUGGCUUUUUGCUAGAUUCCUGUCUUUCCACAGGCAGGAAUCCUCUGCAUUACCUAUUGCCAAUGCUCAGCACGCUCAGUGGUUUCAGUUAGCAACAAACACUCCUCAAAUUUCAGCCCUGCGGGAGAUACAAUAUGGUCAACUCGAGCCUCCGAGAGGUACCACAACUAGGCCAAGCCUCAACUCAGGCAGUUCAACUGCGUCUAAGAAAGGUAGAAAAUUGAGAUUCAAGCCAGCUGUCGAUUCCCGCAAAGUCAGUCAUGAGACGCGCAAAGCGAAACUAGAAGAGAUCCUGCAACCAAUUAUUAACGCGGAAGAUCCGGGUUCAUCCUCCAUCUUACUGUGUUGGGGUACCAGCAGCGACUCUUUUAUAUUUCCAGUCAAAGUUAUCAACUCAGAUAACGAGAAUGGUAUCUGGCAAGAAAUUAAUCGCUCAUGGUAUAGCCAUAGAGGGUGGUGGAGAAAGUACGUGCCGCUUCUGAGGGUCAAGGCAGUAGAUAUUGUUGAGAUUUCUAUUGCUGGGAAGGAUCAGCGAGGCAUUACAAAUCCUAUACUCAGGAACAGAUAUGUUGGCAUGUUCACAAAAGAAAAUAUACGCGCCCAGAAAAAGGAGCUGGAACAGACCAUUCAUGACUACCAGCCACAGGAGUAUCCGUGCUCUUACAACCCCUCCACGGGCGAGACUGCGAGCGACCCAGACCCUCCGGCCAUCAAGAUCACCUUUUCAGAAUAG